GUGCACGUGCGGCUGCCACCGUCUCCCGCAGCUCCCCACCUGGUGCACGUGCAGCAGCCCCCGUCCCCCGCAGCCCCGAGUCCAGCGUGGCGGACUGCUUGUUCGUGCAACCUGCACCCUCCCGCAGCACAGCGACAGAACGGCAGGUUGGUUUCAUUUUCGCGGUUUCAUUGCCUUUGUGGCGCGGGCGCGGGUGUCAUGGUCGGGGCUGGUUCGGGCAGAGGCUGCAGGAAGAGGAGGACGUCGACGACCCCGAGCCCGUCGAGGGGCCCACGGCCUCCUCUUCCGAGUCGUCUGUGACAGCAUCGGCCUCCACAUCGUCCCGCCGCCUGACGUCCACGCCAAAGCGACGUCUUUACAACCGGGCGUGGGAGAAUGAGAAGCAUCUGAAGGGCUGGUUAGCGGAGAACCCGGCUGGGCGUCCAGAAAACAAAGGCGCGAAAUGCUUGGUGUGCGAGAUACCCUUACGGGCGCACCAUGCAGACCUCCUCAAGCACGGCACAAAAAGCCUGACGCAUAUUGCCAAUAUGGAGAUUUACAACGUCCAAAAACAAAGGCGUCUGGAUGGUGUGGGGAUUCAGGUUUUCUCCGACGAGAAGAGGGAGAUUGAUCUCCGCCUAGCCGUUUUUAUCGCGUGCCACGCCGCUGUGAGAAGUAUCGACCACCUCUCCGAGCUUCUAGUUGUGUUGGGGAAAGGAUCAAAAUUAGCGGACCUAAUGCUACACCGCACGAAGUGUUCGAAGCUCAUCACAAGUGUGAUUAGCCCUGCUCUGCUGACGGAGCUUGUAGAAGACGUUGGCGAGCAGGGCUUCUCGCUAAUAAUUGAUGAGUCUACGGACAUUUCGGUGGUGAAGUUUAUGGCCGUUAUGAUCCGCUACCACUCGAUGAAGAAGAACGAGAUAGUGACAGAUUUCCUCGGCUUCAUUGAAGUCUACCGUGCUACAGCUACUGCCCUGUUCGAUUCCCUUAAAGAGUAUUUAUCUAAUGUUGGCCUUAACUACAAACACGUCAUUGGCCUGGGAACGGACGGGGCGAGUAAUUUGUGCGGCAAACACCACUCGGUGUUCACACUAUUCAGAGACGAGAUUCCCGACAUCGUACUAGUGAGAUGCGUCUGUCACUCACUACAUGGCGCUGCAUCCAAAGCCGCAGUUCACCUUCCAGCGGAGUUAGAGUUUUUUGUUCGAGAGAGUCGGAAUUGGUUUGCCAAAAGCCCUCUGAGACGACUACAAUACAGGGACCUCUACGCAGCCUUCAACGAUGGCGCGAUGCCGAAGUCCCUCGUGCAAUUAGUCAAAACCAGAUGGCUGGCUUGGGGAAAAGCAGUUGGGGUCAUUCUCGCACAGUGGCUGGAACUGAAGACCCACUUCCAGGUCCACUGCGCACAGAAUGACCCCUCGGAGAAGAGUGUCAUUGGAAGGCGCUUAAAAGACUGUUUCACCGACGCCAACCACCUUUUCCUACUCUUCGUCCACCCCAUUGCGGCCGAGGUCAACCGCGUCAACCUCCUGUUCCAGGCCCGGGAGGCUGAGGUGACCGCGCUCCUUGCAGAUGUGCACGACCUCGCCCUGUUCGUGGCGCGGAAGGCCCUCAAGCCGGAGGCUGUCCCCACGACACUCCAGGGGGCAGGGGAGGCAGUGGACGUCGACGUGCUGAAGAAGCAGUGGGACUCCCUUCCCCUCACGGACUGGGAGACAUACUUCGGGGGGUCGGUGCCGUCUUCUUCCACCCCCUUCUGGACGGGCGUGUGGGCGUACACCCGGCAAGGCAGCCGCCCGUUCAACGAGCUGGGGCUGUUCGCGCUGCGGGCGCUCAGCCUGCCCUUUUCGAACGCCACUGUAGAGCAGGCGUUCAGCGUGAUGAACACCAUUAAGAUUAAGUCGAGAAAUAGAAUGGGGACUGAGCUGCUCAUGGCCAUCAUGCGGAUUCGGCUUAGACUGCGCGGCGGCGACAAAUGCUGCCGCGAGUUUAAGCCGAGUCCGGCCAUGUUAACCAUGUUCAACGCAGACAUGUACCAGACUACGGGCCCUGAGCGUCCGGGGGAGGGGGCAGAGCUUGAGUACGAGGAGGUAUGGGAGGAUUUGGACCUCGUAGAAUAA